UCAGCGCGCACGCGCAAUGCCCUGACAUUCGUGGAGUUCCGGAGUCAGUGCAAAGGGUUGUGUACUGUUUAGAAAAACAACACUGAAUGGCUUUUUAACCUGUCACCCAACAACAGCAGGGACUGGAUAGUUGUUAACUACAAGAACAGAAACACACGUAGAACCCCAAUAGGACGAUUAAGCGAUGAACUUCUUCAGAGGAGUAAUGGGUGGGCAACCAGCCGGGCCACAGCCGUCUGGAGCAGAGACGAUCCAGAAGUUGUGUGACCGGGUGGCAUCGUCUACCCUGCUAGAGGAUCGGCGAGAUGCUGUCCGUGCUCUCAAGUCCCUCUCCAAGAAAUAUCGCCUCGAAGUCGGGACGCAGGCCAUGAAUCACCUGCUCCAGAUCUUGCAGACAGACAGGUCAGACUCUGAAAUCAUCGGCUAUGCUUUAGACACGCUCUUCAACAUCAUCUGCAACGACGAGGAGGAAGAGCAAGAUGAAUCGGAAGAUGCGGCCUCUAUGGGGAAGCAAAAGGCUGUGGCAGUGCCUGACGAGAACCCACAGAAGCAGGUGGAUGACCUUGGAGUCCAGUUCACAGAUAAAUUAAUCCAGGAACCUGAAAACGUCACCCUGUUGCUGACGAUGUUGGAGGAGUUUGACUUUCAUGUGCGGUGGCCCGGUGUGAAGCUGUUGACCAUCCUUCUGAAGAACCAGUGUGUCCAGCUGCAGGCCAUCAUCCUGGUCAGCCCAAUGGGUGUCUCUCGGCUGAUGGACCUUCUUGCAGACUCAAGAGAAGUUAUCCGCAAUGAUGGCUUGCUGUUGCUCCAGCAGCUGACAAAAAACAACGCUGCCAUCCAGAAGAUUGUGGCCUUUGAGAACGCCUUUGAGCGACUCUUGGACAUCAUCACAGAGGAGGGGAGCAGCGAUGGAGGCAUCGUGGUGGAGGACUGUCUGAUCCUGCUGCUGAACCUCCUCAGAAACAACAGCUCCAACCAGAACUUCUUCAAGGAGGGUUCCUACAUCCAGAGGAUGAAGCCCUGGUUCGAGGUGGGGGACGAUAACUCUGGCUGGUCCGCCCAGAAGGUCACCAACCUACACCUUAUGCUUCAGUUGGUGCGAGUGAUGGUGUCCCCAACCAACUCCCCGGGGGCCACGGCCAGCUGCCAGAAGUCCAUGUUCCAGUGCGGCCUGCUGCAGCAGCUCUGCACCAUCCUCAUGGCCACCGGAGUCCCUGCAGACAUCCUCACUGAGACCAUCAACACUGUGUCGGAAGUCAUCCGUGGAUCCCAAGUCAACCAGGACUUCUUUGCCUCCGUUAACGCCCCUUCGAACCCACCAAGGCCAGCCAUCGUGGUGCUGCUGAUGUCCAUGGUGAACGAGCGCCAGCCCUUCGUGCUGCGCUGCGCCGUGCUCUACUGCUUCCAGUGCUUCCUCUACAGGAACCAGAAGGGCCAGGGGGAGAUCGUGGCCACCCUGCUGCCCUCCACCAUCGACGCCAACUCCAUCUCAGCGGGCCAGCUGCUGUGCGGGGGGCUGUUCUCGGCCGACUCGCUGUCCAACUGGUGUGCGGCGGUGGCCCUGGCCCACGCCCUGCAGGACAACCUCACCCAGAAGGAGCAGCUGCUGCGGGUGCAGCUGGCCACCAGCCUGGGGAAGCCCCCGGUGUCCCUGCUGCAGCAGUGCACUAACAUCCUCUCCCAGGGUGAUAAAGUCAACCGAAGGGGCAGCAAGGUGCAGACCAGGGUGGGUCUGCUCAUGCUGCUGUGCACGUGGAUCAGCAACUGCCCCAUCGCCGUCACACACUUCCUCCACAACCAGGAGAACGUGCCCUUCCUGACGGGCCAGAUCUCUGAGAACCUGGGCGAGGACGAGCGGCUGGUGCAGGGCCUGUGUGCGCUGCUGCUGGGCAUCUGCAUCUACCACAACGACAACUCUCUGGAGAACUACACCAAAGAGAAGCUGAAGCAGCUGAUCGAGAAGCGCAUCGGGAAGGAGAACUUUGUGGAGAAGCUGAGCUUCAUCACCAAGCACGAGCUGUACUCGCGUGCCGCCCAAAAGCCCCAGCCCGUCUUCCCCUCCCCGGAGCAGAUGCUGUUCGACCACGAGUUCACCAAGCUGGUCAAGGACCUGGAGGGCGUAAUCACCAAGGCGGUCCACAAGUCCAGCGAGGAGGAGAAGAAGGAGGAGGAGACGAAGAAGACAAUAGAGCAACACGACAGCAUCGUGACGCAGUACAAGGAACUCAUCAGAGAACAGGAUUCCCAGCUGCAGGAGCUCAGGGAGCAGGUGUCGUCUAUGUCCUCCCAGAAGGAGCUGAUGCAGAGCUCGCUAGCACAGCAGCUGUCCCAGAUCCAGCAGCACAAGGAUCAGUACAACCUCCUCAAGCUCAAGCUAGGGAAGGACAGCCAGGGCCAGGCGGGCAGCCAGGCGGACGGCGCCCAGGUCAACGGGCUCCAGACGGAGGAGCUGGGCCAGCUCCGCGAGGAGGUGGAGGAGCUCCGCAGGCAGCAGGCCACGCUGCACUCACAGCUGGGGGAGAAGGAGACGCUCAUCAGCACCCUGCGGUCUGGGUCGUCGCAGGAAGCAGGAGACGCCACAGGAGGGCCAGUCAACACAGACAUGACCCAGGAGCUGGAGGCUCUGAGGAGUCAGAUCCAGUCCCAGCAGGCUGAGAUCAGCCAGCUGCAGACAGAGAGGACAGAGCUGCUGAGGAGAGCAGAGGCCAAGAGCUCAGAGGCCGGAGUGGCUGGAGGAAGCUCAGAAGACUCAGCCCUGCUGGCAGACCUGGAGGGUAGACUGGCCGCCCAGACCUCAGAGACAGACAGACUCAAGGCGGAGGUCCAGGGCCUGACGGAGGGCCGGGCAGGGAUGGAGCAGCAGCUGGCCUCGGCCACCAGCACGGUGGCCAUCCUGCAGGCGGAGAAGGCCAAGCUGCAGGGGGAGCUGCAGGAGUCCAAGAAGGAGCAGGACGACCUGCUCAUGCUGCUGGCCGACCAGGACCAGAAGAUCCACAGCCUCAAGCAGAAGCUCAAGGAUCUGGGGGAGGCGGUGGACGACGACGACGACCUCCGGGACCAGACGGACGAUGACUACGAUGAGGAAGAGGAUGAUGAAGAGAAGGACGACUAAAGAGAGAGAGAGAGAGAGAGAGAGAGAAAGACAGACUGACGGAGGAAGAGAGAGAGAGUGAUGGUGAACCAGAGGGGCUGGAAGGCCCAUACUCUAACCAACGUAGUGGAAAGCCUAGGACUAAAACUGAAGCAGUUGUUGCUCUUGCCAGAUGCCAUGCUAACUUCAUCCUUUGUCCCCCCCCCCCCCAACAACAACCAUACCCCACCCCCUGGCAUAGUCUUUUUAAUUGUUUGUAUAUUUUUAUCUUCUCAAUGGCUGUGGCUCCAUUAGGAUUUGGUUUCCAGCCACAAUUCAUUUGGACAUGAUUGAUUUCCCCGCCCCAAGUGCGUUCAUCUCUGCUACCAUCCCCAAUGAGUAUAUGACUUCUCGGUGCUUCGCAUGUAGUUCAGCAUCUCUUGUGUUUUUAUACCAUAGUAUUUCAUAACCCAGCUGGCCACUACACUGCAGUGCAACACCCAGCUGAUGAAAUAGAGUGAGAGGGUUGUGCUCAUGAAAUCACAAAAUGGCACCUAUCCUGACCUUUUUUGUCACCGUAACAGGAAUCCAAUCGGUUCGGCCCGUUCUUUUAUCUGCCAACACAUACAUUAGACACACGCAAUGUGUACAUCGUUCAUCGUGCUAGUCAUAGCUGUGCUGACUACUAAGGUUUACAACCCACUGCCUCUACUGGUUUGGACCUGAUCAGUUAAGAGCCUGUACUAAAGUUUGAAGUAAAGUACAUUCAACAACAACAAAUUCCCAUGCACCUGGUUCAAGUUCAAUCUCCCCUCAACAUGCUACUAUGCUAACACGCUGCAAUACACUGAACACCACGAUGUACACACAAAAACAGAUAUUUUUGCAACUUUCUUGUCCAAUGCUGGCGUUCAGCUUCUGUAUGAUAUUGUGUAACUUAUCGAUUUAUGAGCCACGUUGAAAUAAAUAAUCUAUGAAUAUGUACA